CAGAAAAAAGAAAAAAGUAUAAACCUAACCUCAAAAACUCAAAAGUCAGUUGGAAAACUGGGAAAGGAUUACCUUCCAUAAAUUUUUGAAAAAUGGCGGCACCUCCUGAAAUGAGUGAAGCUGAUCAAAUUAAAACGUUCAAGGAUUUUCUUGUGCAGUACAACAAAUUGUCAGAAUUAUGUUUUAAUGACUGUAUUCAUGAUUUUACUUCGCGAACUCUAAGACCAACUGAGGAAAAGUGUACGCUAAAUUGCAUGGAGAAGUAUUUAAGGAUGAAUCAGAGAGUUUCACAGAGAUUCCAUGAAUUCCAGAUGAUUGCCAAUGAAAAUAUGUUAGCUUUGGCACAAAAAUCAGGCAAUCCUAGCUAGUGAAUGAUGGUAUUAUAAUUGCACAUCUUGCAUUUCUUAUUUAGGUUCUUAUUUCAAAUGUUAAUGAAUAUAGUGUUGUUGAAUAAAAACUGUGUUUUAAGUUGAUUUACUGUGAUAUAGUCAAUCUCGGUUAAGAUGGCUAAAGUUAUAGUAAUUCUGUUAAAGGAAAUAUGGAAAUAAUG